AUUUACUUUUGCAUUAAGUUUGAUGUUACGUGUCUUAAUUUUUCAACACAUGAAAUAUAGCCCUUAUCUUUAAUGAACUAAAAUGUUUGCAGACUGCAUACUUAUAGUUUUUAUUUCAGUGUGCACGGCAUUUCUCGGUGAAGGUCAGGCUUUAAAGAAAGAAAAUGAACUAAACCUAUUUUUGUUUUGUUUAUAAGCUUGCUCAUGUAAUAAUGUCUUAUUUAUAACCCUCCUCCCAAAUUGUGAGAGCGAGUCAGUGACUUAACUUCGGUCGGAUCUGCCCUAAGCCGAAACGUAAUACGAGAAGUCAAAAAACUAAUUUAGUAAUUAAGCUUACUAAUUAUUAUUUUGAAAUCGAUUUUUUAUUAAGAUUAUAACCAGAUAUCAGAUACACAGAAAAGACAUCAGAUUGCACCUACCCUUAGCCUUACUUAGCCUUACUAAGUCUGAGCCCUUAAAUUUAAAACCUUACACUACAUCAUGCCUUAGAUUUACAUCAUAGGCGACAUAGCCUACUUAGUUUGUAACUUUACUACUUACUGGUACUAAAGUAGUUGGAAAGAACAAAAAACUUUAAAAUACAAAGGUCAAUUUCAUAAAUAUUACAAUUACAUGCCAAAUUAUAAAGCUAUAAGUUAUAAAGAUUCUUUUCAGAGUCAGUAUGUUAAGAAUGGGACAUUUCUUUUUUUUAAUUUUAAAUCCAAAAAUCCUGCUAUUUUCCACUAGGCCGUAGAGUUAGAGUCUAGAGUAGAAGCCCUAGGCUAGAGACUUUAAAACUCUCACACGCACGCGGUCUGCGCAUACCGAAAAAUGGCGCAAAAACUGUUGCAGCCAUUUUACAUUCAGUCUAGGCCUACACAAAACUAGCAUUUCCAAUCCAACACGGACACAGCAAAGCCAAAAUGUCCUUAAACUUUAUUAUCAUUCAAAUCAUAGUCAUAAUAGUUCAUAGGUCUAUCAACGUGAAAUAUAUCUGAUACUCAUACGAUUUCAAAAACUUUAUUAUCAAAAUCAAGUGUAUAGUAUGUUGAGUUAAAAAUGAUGUCAGUUGAUGUAGCUUGGGCUUAGGCUAAUGUUAUUUACUAUACACACUUAGGAUUCGGCUUAGGUCUAUCCCCACAAGACAACUACGUUCUUCCAUUGACAGUAGAACCCUCUCAAUCCCAAGAACCAAAACUAAGACCAUCGGUGAACGCUCCUUCUAGUUCCAUGGGCCCACGUUCUGGAACCAGCUCCCCUUCCACAUCCGUCAUUGUGAAACCUCGUCCAUUUUCAAAAAGUCCCUUAAAACUCAUCUGUUUAGGUCAGCCUAUGACCUGUGAUGCACCCUCCUUGCCCUGCCUCAUUUUCUGUUUCGGGUUGAUCCUGAAGUAUAGGCCAAAACGUGUCAAAGUGUCCUCAUUUUAUAGCCAUUUUCAUUGUUUCUAUGGUAUAGUAGUUACUAUCCUAGUGUCUCAUUUUUAUUUUACUUAGUUUACAUGUUUUUAAUAAUUGUAAAGCGCUUAGAGCUUUAUGGUAAGCGCUAUAUAAAAAUGCCUAAAUAAAUAAAUAACUUGAACUGUUAAGUGUACAAUGUUAAUAGCCUCAAUGCAUAUUGUUAGGCACUGGUAGUGGUUAGUAAAAGUAAAAACAUGGGACUUUAAAUUUUUGUAAAAAAUGUUGUUUUAGAUUGCAGGAUAACAACGAUGUAGCAUAAUUUUCAUAAUGAAAUGAAUUACAUUAUCAAAUGUUAAUUAGUCAAAAUUAAAUUAUAUUAAAUAGCCCUAUUAAUAAUAUUACUAUAAAUCAAUGAAAAGAAACAAGUCCAAGUACUAAAAUUUAGCUACUUGCAUUGACAAAAUAUUUAGGGACUUUUUUUAAUAUGUAAAGGUAUAAAAAAAUAAUUAAUAUUUUGAAUUUAUUUUAAUGAUUUCAACAGGAUUAACAUGGAUAAUGGUUUACAGAACAGAGAAGUAUAAAAAAUUGAAAGCAGAAGUUGAAAAACAAAGUAAAAAAUGUAAGGAUUUUUCAUAUGCAUGCAUUUUGAUAGACAUUAUUGCAUUAUAUUUUAUUUAGCAUCUGCAUGAAAUAUUUACGUAAUGUAACAAUAUCAAUAAGCUUUAUUAAUUUUAUGUAUUUUUUAUUAUUUUUUGUUUAAAUUGGGAGGAAAAGAAACUAUUGUAAAUCAUUAUGCUAUUGAUAGUAUAAGUUGUAAAAUUGUUUUAUGUUAAAUAAAAAAUUUUUUUAAACCCAUUUAGUGGAAAAACAAAAGGAGAAUGAAUCUAAUGACAGAGUACAAAAGAAAAAGCUGGGUAAGUUUAAAUUUUAAAAAAAAAAAAAAAUUUUUUUGCCAACUUAAUUGUUAAUACCGGUAAUAUAACUACUCAUCACGUCGUUAUUUUAAAAAAUUGUGUACAUUAACUGACCAUCAUUAUUUAAAUUUACCUUAUCAAUUUUAUUCUCAUUCUUAGAAAGACAGGAGGAAAAGCUGAAGACCAAUAGUAGAGAUUUGUCUUUGGUAUGUAAAUAAUCAGUACAGCAUUACAUCAUUUGAGUUUAGCAUCUUUUUAACCCCCUUGUCUGCAUGUGGCUUACACAGCUUAAUGCAAAUUUUAGACCAAUUACUCUAAUGCUUAUUUAUAAAUACUGUAUUUUUCAAUAGACCCCUUCUUCAGAGUAUAGGACACACUUAUUAUUACAUGCAAUACCCUUUUGGUUUGGUAGUUCACAUGUACCUGUAUUUUUAUAUUUUUUUACACAAUGUUUACACCAUGUCCAUUGUAAACCCCAUUAUGGGCAAAACACGUGGUAUAUACUUGGAACAGUAUUGUAUUACCCGGUACCAAAUUUUUUGUUAAAAUUUUGUUUUUUUUCUUUCAGGUGAAAAUGAAAUCCAUGUUUGCAAUAGGCUUUGCAUUUACAGCCCUUCUUAGCAUGUUUAAUUCUAUGUGAGUUACUGUUUUUUUUAGUUUUCAACAUUAUUGCUUGUGUGCAGAAUACAUAAAACAAUUAAUUAUAGUUGUUUUAGUAAUGAAUUUUAUUUAAAAGAAUAAGUUAACAUUUUAAAGAAAUUUAAAAAAAAAAUUAUUUUGUUACAAAAUAACUGAACUAAUUAAUUUUAUUUAAAAAGAAUUCACAGAAAAAGUUGAGUUUAUGCAUCCAAUCAUUCAAAUAAAUACAAUAAGAAUUGCUUUAAACAAAUUAUAUAAUAAAAGUAAAUACAAUGUAUUUCAGAUUUGAUGGAAGGGUUGUGGCAAAUCUACCUUUCACCCCUAUAUCCUUCAUCCAAGGAAUAUCACACAGAAAUCUCCCUGGUGAAGAUUACACUCAUUGUUCAUUUAUUUUCCUCUACAUUCUCUGCACCAUGUCCAUUAGACAGGUAAGAAGUAUUUAUAUUGUAUUUGAGAUGAAUAAAAAGAAAGAAAGGAAAGCUUUAAAUAAGUGGGUUACUUUCAUAUUCCUAAGAGUUCAUAAGUUCUCACAUGUACCUUUUGUCCUGUUGUUCUGUUACAUGUUAAAUCUUGUCUGGUGAUUAAUAACUUGGCUGUUUUUGGGUUUUUUAUUUCAGAACAUCCAGAAACUUUUAGGACUUGCACCAUCCAGGGCAGCAAGUAAACAAGGCACAGGGUUUUUCACUCCUCCGUCACAGCUUGGCAGAUAAAACCAGCUUUUAAAUCAUAUUUAACCUAAAUAUUUAGAUAUUCAAGUUCAGUCAUUUAAUUGUAGAUCAAUCUGAGAUGCUCACUGGAUUAUUUCAAAUCAUUUUAAACAUCAAUUUUUUUUAAUGAAUAUUACCUUAUAUUUGCAUUUAAGUUAUAUGUUUCAAGUUUUUCGUUAUUAUUUGUCAAAAUUAAUCAGUGUAAAUAAACUGUCUUUU